AUGGGUGGCAAGGGACAAGGAGUUUCUUAUAUUCCUCCUGCUUUUAGUAGUAUUGUGGCAAACUUGGUUGAUAAGAAAAUCAAUCUCAAUGAUUCAAGUGGGCAGCAGUGGAAGGUGAAAGUAUCAGAAGUUAAUGGUUCUUUUGUUUUUGGGAUGGGAUGGAAUGUUUUUUCACUGAGUCACGGGCUUAAAGUUGGAUAUCUUUUGGUAUUCAAUUACAUCAAGGGUUUUCACUUUGAUGUGAAGAUCUACGAUACUUCUGCAUGUGAAAAACUUGGCUUUCCUGUAAGAAGAAAUCAGAAGAAAAGAAGUAGGGGCACAAGUGAUACACCAGUUAGAGAUGGUGUCUUGGUUAGACACGAACCCAAUGCCUUAGUUGUCUCCAAGCUUCAUGCGCCAAAAAUGAAAAGGCAGUGCAGCGAGGUAGAAAUAGUAGCACCACAAAAAGCUGAAGAGAGUGGCCCACUUAUGCAAAUACCAGACCACUGUGAAGAUCCAUGUUAUUCAAUAAGCCCAGAAUUUGACCAGAGCCAUGCUGAUGAUGGGACCAUGAAAAUUGAGAACGGAGAUUUAAAAGUUUCUAAUGUCGAUUAUAGAUCUAAUAUAUUUGAAAAUGAUGCAACGACAUCUGGUAAAGAUACUAUGAUUGAAGGGAUAUUCAGUACGGAAGCUGCCUUGGAUAUAUCUGAACUUGAAAUAGCUGGAAGAAGUACUUCUCGCGAUGAGGCAGACACAAGCACAUAUGACAAGACUUCUAAUUUGAAAAUUGAAGAAAACAAAGAGAACAAAGCCAUCACGUCCAACAGGAAAGCUAAAGGGUGCCAAUUUUCUGAGGGCUUAGGUGAAAUGUCUAGAAUGUUGAAGAAAGAGCUUGUAACUUUCAAUGAAAUGGAAACAAAAGGGUCGCCCAAGGAAACUAAUGAACAGUUGGAAUCUGACAUAUUUAAUGAAGAUAAUGAGAGUGGUUUUAAAACCACUCACCUUCUCUCCUGUGUGGUUCCCCAUGAUGAUGUUUGCCUUAAACUGCCCAAAUGCCUGCCUGGGUUUCGCAAGUUGAAAGUGGGUCAGCAUAGGAAUAUGGUAGUGUUUCUUCGGGAUCCAGUAAGGAGAUUGUGGCCGGUCUUUUACCAUGAAAAAACGCAUUUAAGAUUACUGACACAUGGAUGGUUAGAUUUUAGCAGAGCUAAUAACAUUCAACCAAGAGAUGAGUGUAUUUUUGAGGCUGAGGUUGAUCCUGAGGGCAAGUCUAAACAUACUUUAUCAGAAGGUAUAAGAUUUAAUUUGGAAGAAGAAAUAGGUGUGUAA